AUGCCAUCGUCGGAUAUUCAAGUCUUUGUGAAAUGGAAAGACCAAACUAUCUUCGCCGGGGAAGAUGUCGAAUGUACAAUUACUUUCCGCAACGUCGCAGGCACCAACAAUGCCGAGUCCAAUAAUCACCAUAAUGGCGGACAGCUUACUCCUCACCAGCCGCAAAGGAAACAACCCAGAGCCGGCAGUACUGAUUCUUCUUUUUUCUCUUUAAAAUCUCCACAGAACCUUUUCUUUGGCUCGAACCGUCGUUCGCAUUCUCUCAGUCCGCAGAAGAAAGCGUCUCAUCGUACGUCGUCAUCACUGAGCGCUCCGUUGAGUGGUGGUGCCCAUAGCUUCCCCCCGCCGUCGACACCCCAGAAUGGGCCUCCCUCGAGUCACAAACACAAGCGAUCCGUGUCGAUUCUGUCCAUUGAUAGUGAAGGUGGUAAGGGAGGGAACGGAGGGGAUAAGACGCCCUCGUCUUCCUCGCCGUUCAGUCGCAUGCCGCCAAGAGGCCAUGGUCGUUCGGCAAGUCUACAGGUCCCGCCGAAACGGAAUGAUAGUUACGAUGAGGCUUUCAUGAAAGGUGGGCGACCUACCCGUGGCUAUCCGCCUCUCGAAUCCCCGGUCAAUCUAUCUCCCGGCAAUCUGAGAGUCGAUGUGAGCCAUCGUGGAGGCUCCAGCGCACCGAGCCCUAUAAGACCGAAUGAACCGUCGCAUGUUCCUAACAGAAGACCGCAAUUGCCUCCCUUAGACUUCAAGUUCCCUGCGGCACCAGCUUCAACCAACGAUCGCUCCGCUAUUUCACCUUCAGUGGCAUCAACAGAGGAAUCCUUUGCGCCAACGGCAAUAGGAAAACCGAUCAAUAAAGAUGGUCCUCCCCUGUCGGCCCAGAGUCAUCUGCCGCAGAUGACCAGGAUAAUGUCGACAUCAAGCCAAAGCGGAAGAAGCAGUGGGGAGUUCUACUCUGUAAGUGACCACUCAUCGGAGACACUCCAGUCAGAAUACACGAACUAUUCGAUACCGGUACCGCGGCCAAUCCCCAACCGUCAUAUGCGACACCAUUCCAGCGUGGACCCUAGUCCUGUGCUUGCCAACAGCCAGACACUCAUGAUGGGAUAUGCGCAGAUAAGCGCAUCAUUUACAGUGGAUGGUUCCUUAAUUAAUCAAUCUGCCUUUGAAGAGGUAAAACGGAAAGGUGUCGUUGGUGGACAGGGCAGUGGCACUGGAACACCGGGUCCCGGCGCUGUCCGCGGUGACAAGGGUCGGAAAGGGGGUGGUUUCUGGGGCGCGUUGCGGUGGAAUAACAUUGAGGAGUCUCUGAGUGGACUCAUGUCCAACAAUGACCUUGAUGGUCUGCGAGAAAUGCGGGGUGUAUCCUCGUCGAAGUCAAUCCCAUUGCUGUCCACGUCUCAGUCGCUCCUGUUCGUGGAUCUUCGCCUCGCGCCUGGUCAAGAACAAUCAUAUUCUUUCUCUUUCACUUUGCCCAGUGGCCUUCCUGCAAGCCAUAAGGGAAAGGCUAUCAAAAUUUCUUAUAAUUUAGUUAUUGGUACCCAGAGACCCAGUGGAUCGAAGUCGAACGAACCCCAGCGCGUCAAUCGAAUCAACGUACCAUUUCGGGUAUUCAGUGGUGUGAACGGCCAAGGACGAAUCCUUGGUCACAAUUUGAUGUCCCCAUACGUGCUCCUCCGUGACGAAGCCCGGGUACAAAAGAUAGGAUCUAGUCCAUAUCCGGCAUGGAAACAGCAGAAAAGCUUUAGCGGGCCGACGUGGACAUCCGCCCCAGAAUUUCUAGCCUAUGUGGAUGAGAUCUUAGAGCAACGGUCACGGCAAAACUCAUUACAGCCUCCUGACACGCCAGCUGAAAGACGGGAAAUGCAUAAUAUAUCAACCACGACGCUGUCUUGCAAAGAUGCAAUUGACUUAGCGAUUUUACGGAGCAACCAAGCAUCCCAGUCUUCGCACAGUCCUAACCGUUUUGAGAUUGCUCGCAACGGUCGUCGGAUCGCGGUGGUAAUCCUGAACCGCCCAGCGCAUCGAUUGGGAGAAGCCAUCAUUGCUACGGUCGAAUUUUCAGAUGCGGCACUUCCAUGCUACGCUCUCCGUGCAUCUCUGGAGACAUCGGAAAAGGUAUCUGAGGAAUUGGCGGUGCGGUCGAAUGCGAGUAUCCAUCGCACCACACGACGCAUCCAUGCGUCGUUCUUUGAGAAUACCCUACACGCUACGCGAGUCGUCUUCACUCCAGCCGUUCCCAUCGCGGCCACUCCGACUAUUUUGACGAGCGGAGUGAACCAUGUCUGGGAACUACGGUUCGAAUUUGUGACGCCCAGCAUGCACAGCGACACUGACACAGAACAGCCCUCUGGUGCCGGUUUACUCGAGGCUAUCCACCAAGAUGACAGGGGACAGGUCGUGUCGGCUUUGGAGAAUCUUGGCUGCGAGUCUUUUGAAAUUGCUAUCCCUCUCACUGUAUAUGGCGAGACGGUUAGGGAGAGAUUACCCGAGGAGAAUGAGGGAUAUUCUAUAUAG